AUGAAACCUUGUGCAUCAAAUAAAAGGAAAGGGAAGGAUAAAGUGCAGGAAGGGGGUGAUGACUAUAAUCCAGAGGAUGAAAGUGAGGAUACUAGUGUCGAAACUACUGAGGAUAAGAGGAGCAAAAAAGCUAAGAAAAAUGCCUCUGCACCUGGACCAAGAACACGGUCACGACCAAAUGCUACUGUUGUGAUAGGGGAUGGACUCACUUCUGCUCCAGAUGAAAAUGACAAUGAACCUAUUCGCACCACCACAACAGUAGAGAAGGAAGCACCGGAGAAGGAUGUGACAAGUUCCUUGCGUGUGAAUCGUAUAAGACCGACAUGCAGUAAAAAGUUAAAACAGUCAACUGAGUUCGAAGCUGCCGGAUCACUCUAUGCAUAUUUAGCAUUACGAGAGCGACAAAAGCAAGGGCUUCCAGAUAUAAUCGAACAUGAUGUUCCUGAAGCAAAUAAGGAAGAUAUUGGAGCUGAGACAAGUGAGGCUGCUCCUAGAAAGCCAAGAGGACGGUCAAAGUUGGAAAAAAUCCAUGGAAGGACUGCUGAUAGGAGACCAGUUAUUACGUUGAAUGAACGUGGUCAACCAGUUUCGAGUGAUGGAAAGGUUGUUGCUGAGUUAAGUAGAUUUCUUGGAACAGUGGUAAAGGACAAUGUCUCGCUUACUCACAUAAAUUGGCGUGUUGUCCCAGACCAAUUGAAGAAUAAAAUGUGGGAGUAUACGAGGGAAAGGUAUAUCAUCCCGGAUGAAGGAAAGAAAUGGGUGAAUACAACUCUCAAUGAUUCUUGGAGGGUGUAUAAAUCUCGUGUGAAGAAGAAGUACUACUCAAGGUUUGAAUCCGAUAAAAAGAGGUUAGAAAAUAAGCCUGAGGAUAUCCCAUUGGAGGAUUUCAAACAACUCUUGAACUAUUGGGCAGAUGAAGAAGUUCAGUCAAUUGCUGAGGACAAUGCAGCGCGUAGGAAUUCAUUCACAGAAACACACACUUUAGGUCCCCAAUCUCUUGCGCAAGUUAGGGACAAGUUGAAAAAGAAAGACCCAAACCAGGGCGAGCCAUCAGAUGCACAAGUUUACUUGGAAACUCGUGAACGCAAAACAGGCCGAGAUUACAAGACGACUAAAAUAGUGGAUAAAAGAAUUAAGCGGAUUAAAAGGAUGAUGAAUCAAGGACGUGAUCCAAACCUUGUGGUUCAGAGAGGCAAAUCUAAAGGUCGAGGAUGGUUGUUGGGAAGGAAUGGUUCACGUCUUGGUACUUCGAGCUCAACUGCUGAUCCUACAACACAAGACCCUUAUGUCCUUGAACUUACAAACCAGAUAAGACAAAAUCUUGAAACUGAAUUGGAAGAUAAGGUCAACAGGAAAGUCCAAGAGAACAUGGCGAUGUUACUCAAAAAGUUGGGAGAAGCUAAUCCUGGUAUGAAUCUCGAUGUCGGGAACUUCUGUGCUACUAUUUCAAGUGAGGCUGAUGGAAAUGGCACUCCAAUCACGGAUGGUGCUACUUCUUAG